AAUUUCUCUCACUACGAAGCUUCCUGGAAAUUCACCAUGGCAUCCUCCCAUUUAACCUCCAUCUUCUUCCUCUCUCUCCUUACACUUAUCUCUUCUUCUUCAUUCUCCAUUUCACUUUCUCAUCCUCCAUAACAAUGAAGCUCCUCAAAAACUUCCCCAAAAAGCUCUUCAACUACAAAAAAACUCGUUCCAUAUCCAGAUCUCAAACCUCAUCCUUCGGAUCCUCCUCCGAUUCCGAUUCCCAUCCCCAUCCCCAUCGCGGGUUUAGAAAACCCACCGGAUCAUCCACUCCAACCAGCGUCUUACCCAACGAAAUCUCCGCUGCGGAAGUAGGUUACGCUGAGCUAAUCCAUGCGUUUCACAUGAUGGACACUGACGGCGACGGUAAGAUAAGGAAGGAAGAGCUGGAAGCGAUUUUAAGCAGAGUCGGAACUGAACCGCCGAGUAAGGAAGAACUCAUGUUGUUGCUUGAAGAAGUUGAUGUAAACGGAGAUGGAUGUAUUAGUUUACAGGAAUUCGGAGCUAUUAGCUCGGCGUUUGGACCGCCAGCGUGUGAUUCCGAGCUGAGAGAUGCUUUUGAUUUCUUCGACGCCGAUCACGACGGGAAGAUCACGGCGGAUGAGCUGUUUCGCGUGUUUAGACAGAUCGGAGAUUCACGGUGCACGUUAGAGGAGUGCCGGCGUAUGAUAAAAGGUGUGGAUAAAAAUGGUGAUGGGUUUGUAUGCUUCGAGGACUUUUGUGUUAUGAUGGAACAGCAGCAGAGAUGUUGAUAAGUAAUUGGUGAUCGUUUGAUUCUCCUUUUUUUUUUUCGAUAUCGGCGAAAAGUGUGUAUUUUAAGGGUGGGGAUUAAUUAGGAUCUAAUCAACGGCUAGGAUUGAUCUAUUUUGGAGGUUGUACCAAAGUUAUUAUAAUCUCGUAAAUACAUGUGAGAACAAAUUCCCUCUCUUUUUUACCCCUGAAACCGAAAUGGAAUUGGCUUAUUAUACAUAUCAAUUUCAAACAUAUAUGUAAUUUAAGUUUUAUGUUCCGUGGAGAAUCUAUCGAAAAUAAUUUUAUUGUUCAA